AAGCAAAUUUAGAAAACUAUCACAACCACAAUACACAAUGGCUGAUAAUGCACAGGUCAAGGCUGAACAUGAACGCAUUUUCAAGAGGUUUGACGCCAAUGGCGAUGGAAAAAUCUCUUCAGUGGAGCUCGGGGAUGCCCUCAAAACACUUGGCUCAGUCACAGCCGAGGAGGUGAUACGUAUGAUGACCGAGAUUGAUACCGAUGGUGAUGGGUUCAUUUCAUUCCAAGAGUUCACUGCAUUUGCAUCUGCCAAUAGUGGCUUAAUGAAGGAUGUUGCUAAGAUAUUUUAA